AUGUCAGAAAUGGAAGUUGAUGAUACAGGGACAGUGGCAUCCCUCAGUGAGAAUAAGAAACGUUUCGAGAUAAAAAAGUGGUAUGCCGUUGCUUUAUGGGCCUGGGAUAUCGUUGUUGAUAAUUGUGCUAUCUGCCGGAAUCACAUAAUGGACUUAUGUAUUGAAUGUCAAGCUAACCACGCCUCUGCUACAAGUGAAGAGUGCACUGUUGCUUGGGGUGUUUGUAAUCAUGCUUUUCAUUUUCACUGUAUAUCCCGAUGGUUGAAAACAAGACAGGUUUGCCCUCUAGACAACCGUGAAUGGGAACUGCAAAAACGCAUGGGGAGUUGGUGCUGUGGUCUUUGUGCAAAUUCAGGAAGUGACGAAGAUGAGGAGGCUGAACGUCAGAGAUUAAUUCCAAGCCCUCAGCUUUCAUACGAUGGGACACAGCAGCCAUAUGGAAGUUUUUCAUCUCCAGAUCCUGUUACAAAUGAACCUCAGUCAGAUAUUAAUACUAUGAUGACAAAUAUAAUAAAAGUUGCCGAAAAUCAAGUGGUGGAUGCUGGAGCAACAGAUUACAAUCCCCUAGAUUCACAAGAACAUAUUGAGCGGUCAAGAUACUACGCAGAAAGCAUAGCUCGACAGCCUUUAGGCCCACCACCUUUGCCAGUGUUUUUGCCAAGAACAUUUGGAAAUCCUGCGUCAAUCAUAGAUGCGCCGCUGGUGGAAAUCGCUGAAAUUAAUGAAAUAAGACAGCUUGCAAAGGAAAAUGCUGUAUUUGUUCAUGAAAUGACAACACAAGAAAAGGAUGAUCUCAUUGCCCACUUCAAUCAAGCAUAGAGAUAAAGAAAACUUUACAAGCUUCUCUUCGAAAGUAUAUGCUUCCAAUAUCUAUCAGACUAUUUUAUCUUUUAUAUAUUUCUAAUUUUUGUACAGAAAAUCCUAAGUUUAAUUGUAUACAACAAUUGAUCUGAUUAUUUUUCAAACAUAAAACAAUAAUAAAAAUUAACGUUUACU